GGUCAAAAACGCUUCAUGGCUGGUAUGCUUAUCCAAUACUAUAUAAGAUGACUAUUAAAGAGUUUUUUGAUAAACUCAUUAUAAGUAAAAUAUCUCCAGAAUACAAUAUUUCUGUAAACCCCUUCGAAAUAAUUGAUUGUAUUGAAUUAAGCCAAAUGUUAGAAGCAGGUACAACCACUAUUCAAACUAGUCCUUAUUGUAAAAUAAUAGAGUUAACUAAA